AUGCCGACAGCUCUCAUUACAAACGCGACAGUGCCAGAUAAAGAGCUGGGAAAAUCUGAGUAUAAUCCCACACUCAGACUGGUGAGGCUGUGGGGAGGACUGGCUCCCCAGGAAGGGUCCCAACGGUCCUCUCCUUCCCCUACCUCCGCAGUAAACGCCAACGUCUGCUUUCUCGAAUCGGAUUCUCUUAUGGCAGCAACCAAGAGGAAUCCCUUUGGCCCACGGAAGGAAGCCUCCACCUUCGCCAUGGCAACGGCAGCCGCCAUCUUGAGACAGCCGCCGAAGGGGCUCUUCUCGGGCCAGCCCGGCCUUGAGCGGACGGGAGGCGGCUCCGCCAUGGCGGCCCGCUCGAGCCUGGAGGACCUGGACCUGACGGGCGAGGAGGUGGAGCGCCUGAGCCAGCCCGGCCGGGAGGAGCUGAGCCGCCGCCACGGGGCCAAGGGCACCCGCCGCCUGGUCUACGACGUGCUCUUCCACCCGGACACCCUCCGCCUGGCCGCCCGCUCGGCCCGCUUCCGCCGCCUCGUCCAGGACACGGCCCUGGAGGCGGUCGAGAAGCACUUCUCGCCGGGCCUGGACCACGCCAACGCCGUCCCGCUCCGCGGCGUCAAGUACAAGGGCGUCCCGCAGGCCACGCUGCUCCGGACGCCGCUCCCGGGAGGCGUCCCGCCCGCCACCCCCGGAGAGGGACGCCUCCGCUUGCCCUACCCGGUGGACGAGGACGGCGGCCGGGCCACCUUCCACAAGGCCAAGGGGCAGCUGGUGGUCGUCCUGCCGGUCCUGGCGAAACCCCCGCCGGGAGCCUUCGCCAGCGGCCAGGAGGAGGAGCAGGCCGGAGCGGAGGAAGGCGAAGGCGCGGGGCCCUCGGCUUCCUCCCGAGAACCGCUAGAGGAGGAGGAGGAGGACGCCGCUGCCCUCCCAGCAGGGGACGAAGCCCGACCCACCGAGCCGGCGCCUCCGGUCCUCCACGUGGGGGCGAGCGGCGAGGCUCUUCCGGGGUGCGCCUUUCAAAGAGAUGCGGAGGCGGCAGCGGCCACGAGCCUAGACGCCUCGCCUUCCCUGCCCGGUUCCGAAGGGGGCCGUUCCCCUCCGCACCUCCCCGUGGAUCCCGCCUGGGAAAGCCCGGAGCCUCCGCCCUGUGAGCAACAGGGCGCUUCUCUAGAAGGCGAGGGGAGGGCUCGCCCGGCGCUUCCGGUCUGCGCAACCAUGAGCGGCCCCGGCGAGGCGUGUGCAGGAGGAGGAGGAGGAGGAGCGGGAGAGGAGGCCGGCCCCGAUCCCCACGCGGCCCCGGUGUGCGCGGGCGGCGACAGCCCGGAGCCCCCCGGCGGCACCCCGUGCCCUGUUGCCCAUCUUGGCCCAGAGCCGGGUCUCCCGGAUCCCGGCGAGAUCGGCUCGGGCUAUCCCGGGUCAAGCCCUGCCAGCCCCAUCGAUGGCUUCCUCGGGCAGAGCACAGACCCCACUCCGGCACCCCCGGCCCGGCCCGCCAGCCCCCGGGCGCCUGCAACGCCGGCUCUGUGUCCCCAAACCUCGGCCUCGCUUUCGCUCCCUGCGGGAGACCUCGACCCAGGGGCUCCCGGAAACUCUCCCGGCUGCCUUGCCGGCCCAGCCCCGCUCCUCUGCCCUCCUUUUCGCUGCACUCAGGAUGAAACGGCCCUGACCCUCCUUUUCGAGGUGCCUGGCAUCCUUCCCCAGAGCCUCAAAGGGCAGGUGGGCACAAAUCACUACGGAGUCAGCUUUGCCAGCCAAGAGGCGGCUUCCUACAGUUUCCUCUUGCGGACUCUUCCUGAAAAUAAACUGACCCCUCCGGAGGUGGAAGUCAGCGUGACUCCCAAUAAUGCGGUCAUCGUCCUGGCCAAGUCUCCCGAGAGCACUGGACUUUGGACCAAACUGGACUUUGGACCCAACGCGGAGAGCUUGCAGGAGAGGUGGUUUGUCACCGAAAACAAUGUGGCCAAAUUUCUGGGUCACCUCCCACGACUACCCAGCUCUGGCCAACCUGAGAUGGAGCAGUGCCCGUUGAUUGAAGUGCUGGAUGUCUCUGAAGGCAAAAGUCAGAUCAGAUUAAAGGCCCGGGAUCACAACAGCUUCCCACCUGACCAAGCAGAACCCCGAAGAGAGGAGAGGGAAGCACAUGAAAAGGGCAGCACACUCUCAGCCGAUGCAGAAAAUGGUCCCAUGCGAAGCGGAGGCUCACGUCGUGGAGCGAGGGAAACAAUGGGGAGCGUUGGCAGGGGACCAGACCAUUGUUUGGCGCUUGACCCUAUUGGUCCCAGCUCGGCAGUUCCUGAGAAACUGCAGACAUGUGAAGCGAAUGAAUCAGGACAUUCUUCAACAACCAGCAAAGACACCGUGCCCUCCGCUCAAGCCCAGUUGAACUGGAAGGAGCCUGCUCAGAUAAGCCAGGAAGAGGAUGUUCACUCAGAGUCCACCCAAAGCAAGCAAAGGUUGCCGAGCCGUCCAGCUCCCCCUGUGAUAAAGGAAACCAACAUGCAGGACGGAAGCGUAGAGUAUAUUAGCCACCAUGCGACGCGCUCUGCAGUCACUCUUCAGAAUUCUUUGUUGUAUGAACUGGACUAAUGCUUAGUGCUUCGGGCUUAAUUGCCCAUAAAGACCUCAAGUUCAGAUUCUGGGUUUCCUUUUAAGAGGAAAAAACUCAGCUCCAAGUCUUCCGUUUGCUUAAAAGUUUUGUUUUGGCGAUUCCGAGGGCUUCAGAGAAAGAUACGGGGCAGCUCAUUCAGGUCAAUCCCUUUUUUUGUUUUUCCAUUUUUGGUGCCAAAUGCAACCUCCCUGGGUCACCUAGUGUCUGCACAAGCUACAUUUCAGAUGAACUUGAUCGAUUUCAAUGUAUUCAGCUGAGACCUGGUGUUUUUCCUUCUGGGAUAAACCCAGAAGCCUAAUUCUGCAAGAAAUCUUCCACCUGAUUGUCCAAACCAGGGUCUUGCCUAAGAUUUGGUCACGUUUACAAGGCUCAUGUGGGUGAUUUUUAUGGUACAUUCAUUUAUCCUUCCAGCUCUCCACAAUGGAACAGCAAACCGCAGGCUACUCUUCUGAUGAAACAACCCUCUCCAAGGCCUCACACCUGAGGCCACCCCCUUAGGUCACACUUCAGAGAGGCUUACACCGUCAUCAUUCAUUUCAGAACGAGUUUCCGUCGCAGAAAAAGUGACCUUCCAGAAAUGGUCUAAAGGGCAGAUUCCACUUGCUGGCUAUACAAGGUGGGGCUUCACGGUCCCCAUCCCUCUGGCGGGGCUUGAUCUUUGAGGAGUCCUGCCCAUACUGCUGUAAUAUCCAGCAGAUGGACAGGAGAAAAAUUAUGACUUCUCCCUGCAUGCCAGAACUGGCCCUUUCCGCAUUUAUUUACACCAAGUUGAUUGCUGUUUGGCUGCUCUAAGAGACUGGAAAAAUCCCUGAGAACAACUUGCAGGAAACAGACUUUCUGGGAAAACCAGUCUCCCUGAAAUGAAAUCUGUUUACCCCCUACAUUAGCUAUACUUCUAAAUGCAAAUGUCAACUGCAUUUACUCAAGAUGAAGAUCUGUCGAUGUCAGUGGAACCAACUUAAAAGCAAGCAUGACUUUAAGUGCCAGCCGUGGGCUCUGCCCUGCUCAUGUGCUGCCUCUACAAACAGCUGGAUAGAACACCUGUGGGGGCGUCUUAAAAACGAAUAGUUGACACUCAAAGAGUACCCAGGCACUCUGCAAAGUCAGCCACAACAAGGAGGAACAAGCUGAAUUUUCUACGAAAAGAUGGCUAUCUUGAUCCUCUUUGUAACGGCUGCUCUCAGAGCGAAAGCUAUUUUCAAACCCAUUGAUGCAAAUGCCCUAAAUUAUAUAAUGCCACGAAUGCCAAGGACGGUACAGCAUCAAGAACGGAGCUACAUUUUAAGGCAAGAGCUGCUUUCCCAGCGCCUCCUGCGUUUCUGCACUUCCAGCCGUGCUAAUUUGCCCACUUCAAAGCAACGUCUGCUUCUCUCCAGCUCCUUGGGCACCUUUGGGAAUGCUUGCACUUCACAGGAAUUUUUUAAAAUUUAUUUUUAUUUGAAUCUAAUAAUAAUUACGCCGAUUCUUGUUUACCAAGAAGCCUCAGACUCCCCCAACGCAGCUUCCUCUUGCUGGGGAGUCAAGAGGAAGCUCUCUUUAAAGUCCCACUCGUUUGAAACAGAGGAACAGUCAACACAACUGCCCCAGCCAACGCCUACGUGAUCGGUUGGAUUCUGUCCAUUUCCUCAGAUAAAAGUUCCGCCACUGGCCGAACUCAUUCCCAGUUAAGAUAGCUUUUUAAAGCACCUGUCUACAUUCUUCAGUUCCCCCAACAUUUGAGAGCCUGGAGGCCGAAAUGGUCAGGACAGGCUCCGGGCAGUCUUUGCUCUCUUAUAAUCUUAGGCAAGUGGUAUCCAAGAAACGUCGCCCAAGAAGGGGAGGCCCAGGGAAGACAGUUCUGUUUCCAAUAUCAAUAAAGUGCUCCAGUCCCCUUGGGAAGGUUUUUUUUAGGUGAGCUUAAAACCUCAGCUUAAGGCUGGAGCACCUUCUGGCCAGCUGUGCUCUAGAAGAACACGGUGCGCAUGGUUCACUCCCGAGUGUUCUACACCGCAGGGUAGGUGUUUCAAGGGCACGGAGCCUCUAACGCAAAGGGGGGCACAGCGCCUUGUGAAGGAGAUUUCUUCCAGAACCAACUACUUUACACGGUUUGGGGUUUUAUUGCUCCGGCUCUGUCCUUUUUCCUCGCACAAUCCUAUGUUUAAAAAUUGUUCAUUAACUUGUGCUGCCUCAUCUGCGGACGGAAUGGUUUCAAUAAACAGGAGGUAAAUGGGUGCCG